AUGCCUCCCGUGGAAAAGGACAGCGUUAAAACUGAACUCAAAUCUCGAAUACAGCAACUUAUUGACUCUAAUCAAGUGAUGGUGUUCAGUAAAAGCUACUGUCCCUAUUGCAUAAAGGUAAAGGACCUUUUCAAAGAGCUGAAAGUGGACUGCAAUGUGGUGGAGUUGGAUCUCAUUGAGAAUGGGACUAACUAUCAAGAGAUGCUUCUUGAAAUGACGGGACAAAGAACAGUUCCUAAUGUCUUUAUCAACAAGACUCAUCUCGGUGGCUGUGACAAGACGAUGCAGGCCCACAAGGAUGGCAGCUUACAGCAACUGCUCAGCGCAGAAAGUGAAACGUAUGACUACGACUUGAUCGUCAUCGGAGGAGGGUCAGGAGGACUGGCGUGUUCAAAGGAAGCUGCUUCGCUUGGAAAGAAAGUGAUGGUACUAGACUAUGUUGUUCCCACACCGAAAGGAACGACAUGGGGUCUUGGUGGAACAUGUGUUAAUGUUGGUUGCAUUCCCAAAAAACUGAUGCACCAGACGGCUCUGCUGGCAACAGCCUUGCGGGACGCCCGUAAGUUUGGAUGGGAGUUUGAUGAAGCAGUGAAGCACAACUGGGAGACUAUGAGGAGUGGGGUAAAUGACUACAUCGGGUCAUUGAACUGGGGCUACAGGGUGGCUCUCCGGGACAAGAACGUGAACUACGUCAACUCAUAUGCAGAGUUUGUUGAUCCUCACAAAAUCAAGGCAACAAACAAACGAGGGAAAGAGACCUUUCAUACUGCUGCAAAGUUUGUGUUGGCAACCGGCGAGAGGCCCCGCUAUCUUGGUAUCCCUGGAGACAAGGAGCACUGCAUAACCAGUGAUGAUCUCUUCUACCUGCCCUACUGUCCUGGGAAGACCCUGGUGAUUGGAGCCUCUUAUGUGUCGCUGGAGUGUGGGGGUUUUCUGGCUGGUUUGGGCCUCGAUGUCACGGUGAUGGUGAGGUCCAUACUGCUCAGAGGAUUUGACCAAGACAUGGCCAACCGGGCUGGAGAGCACAUGGAGGAGCAUGGAGUGAAGUUCCUCCGCAAAUACGUUCCAGUGAAGAUUGAGGAGCUGGAGGCCGGCACUCCGGGCAGACUGAAGGUGACUGCGAAGUCCACUGAGACGGAUGAGGUCAUCGAGGGAGAGUACAACACAGUGUUGAUAGCUGUGGGUCGAGAUGCAUGCACUGACAAGAUUGGCCUGGACAAGGCUGGGGUCAAAGUCAACCCUAAAAAUGGGAAAAUCCCAGUGAAUGAUGAGGAGCAGACCAACGUGCCACACAUUUAUGCCAUCGGCGACAUCUUGGAGGGCAAAUGGGAGCUGACGCCUGUGGCCAUCCAGGCUGGGAAACUGCUGGCACGCCGCUUGUUUGCGGGAUCCACACUCAAGUGCGACUAUGUGAACGUGCCCACCACGGUCUUCACCCCAUUGGAAUACGGCAGCUGUGGUCUGGCAGAGGAGAAGGCCAUCGAACUGUACGGUCAGGACAAUCUGGAGACUUACCACAGUCUGUUCUGGCCUCUGGAGUUCACUGUGCCUGGACGGGAUAACAAUAGAUGCUAUGCCAAGAUAAUUUGCAAUAAACUGGAUAAUGAACGAGUGAUCGGUUUCCACUACUUGGGUCCGAAUGCUGGAGAGGUGACCCAGGGCUUUGGAACAGCCAUGAAAUGCGGAGUCACAAAAGAUCAGCUGGAUGUCACUAUUGGAAUACACCCGACCUGCGCUGAGAUCUUCACCACCAUGGAAGUGACCAAGAGCUCUGGUGGAGACAUCACUCAAGCCGGCUGCUGA